AGAGGGAGAGGGAGAAGGAGAGGGAGAGGGAGAGAGAACACCAUAGCGCAGCGUUGUGAGCGGCGGCGGCGGCGACCAGUGUGUUGUGUCGCCCCUGGCCCCGCCCCCUUCGUUGGCUCCUCCUCCUCUCGGCGCGUCGUCGCUCUUGUAGCUCGGUCCUUUUACAUUUGCUUCCUGAAUUUCCUAGUUUUUAGCUUGGCUCCGACAGAAAGCAUUUGUGCAUAAUGUCGCCUAUUGAUCUUAAUGAUAAAUGAUGAAGAAUGACGGUGCGCCACAACACCUGUGGGGCCGGGUCACGGCGAGCGGCCGGCGCUGUGAGUCGCGGCGGCGGGGGCGACGCCCCUCCCCCUCGUUCUUGUGUGUUUUGUGUGGCUACCGUAAGUCCCGCCCCGCCCCCCGCGCCGCCCCCGCCCUGCCCCUCGCUCAUCCUCACUCAUUUGCCAGUCGUGUCACGGGGACCCGCACACACCGUCCAGCCCUCCAUGACUCCCCGUCGGCUCGCUCGUUAACAGUCAGGUGUGGCGCUCACGACGCCCACACCCGCCGCCGCCCACCUCCUGCUGCUCUGGCCCUGCACCCUGGCCCCGCCCCUGUGCCACGAGGCCGCCGCCGCACUGUUUGUCAGUCCCCACACGGCGGCCGCCACACGUGACACUCGCCCGUCCCGCAGGUCACGUCUCGCACCCGCCCGGAAUACCGCCCGGCGACGCCCUGUGACAGUGACGCCCAUCACGCACGCCGGGCACGCGCCCUGCCACGUCCGCCACGCACCGCGCUGCCUGCCUGCCUGCUAGACCUGGGCACGCUCGCCGUGGGAGACCCGUGCCCAACACGUGUUUGUGUGCCAACCCACCCGCAGCCGUCCACUCGCGCCCUCAGUGUUGUGACGGCAGCGUGGAAGUGACCUCCUUCAGUGUGUGUGCGCGGCGAUUCCCGUGUUGUGACCUGUGUCCUUGGGAAAAUUACGAUAUCGUGUUUUUCUUUUUAAAAACGUGACCUCGACAGCGAGUAACCAGCCUCCUCCCCUCCUCACCUCCCCGAGUGUAACAGAGUUUAGUGACCUGUGCUGUAGUGACCCCUCCCCUUGCGCUGCGCCUCCCGUGACAGUGGCGUUUUUGUGUCUGUGGAAGAAGCUUCACUCAACCAGUGAUUACUGUAGACUGUGUCCAGCCUUAGCAACAUCGGACUCGCGUCACUGGCUGCUUGUAAGACCGAGCACUCCGUCACAAGCCUGGAAUUCAUAUAUGAAAAUUCUGGUCAUUGCCAUUUAUAGUGAAGUAAACACGAAGUGUUUGUCUUUAUUACAUGAAACACACCAAGAUAAGGACUAAUCUUUCGUCAGCCCCCUCAUAAGCCCAGUCUUGCUCAAUUAACUCACUAGCGCAUCCUUCACCUCCACUCACUUCCCGUCUCACUCCCGACCCGACAACCUUUCUGCUUUGCCAGUCAAGAAAGCCAGGUUUCGGUACAUAUCAGUUAAAAAGUAGUAAUCUUGGUCACGAAGUGCACCGGUGCAGAAAGUGGUGACGAGAUAGAGAGGGAAAGAAGAGAGAGAAAGCAAGAGGAAGAGAGAAGAGAGAGAAAGCAAGAGGAAGAGAGAAGAGAGAGAAAGAGGAAGAGAGAGAGGGAAAGAAAAAAAAUCGGGUCGAAGGAAGUUAGCCGCGACAGGGGAACUCGACCGCGCGGCGUGUUGGCCCCGAGGGAGGAAAUGAGUGUGUCAUAAAAGCCGAAAGAAGCCGCGAACACAUAUACAUAUAUGCACCUGUGGCUCCCGGGGACCCGCCCACCGAAACCGGAAUUCCAUGAGCAAGACGAGUGCACCGCGACGAGGAAGAGGAACGUCUGCAAAAAAGGCUUCCGUAAGAAUUCCGCAGAAGAUUGUAGAUUCGAUUCUUUGGAAUUUCCCUCGGCGUCGGAAGCACCUGCUCUCGGCCCGUGUCGCUGUUCAGUCACGUCGUCCUUCUUCAUUUGGCAGCGACCAGACCUGCCCAGGCGUUGCAGCGGAUUAACAGCAGGAGAGACAAAUAAGAUACCGGAAGACGACCAUUCGCCCGAGUGAUUAGUCGGAGCAACCGCCGAUACGGCCGCGGAGGCGAGGGAGGGAAGGCAAAACCACCGGCGGGCCAUCCGUCUUACGCAGUUUUUACUCCAUUAAUAGUGUAAUCACUUCUGUUCUACCUUCGGCUUAUUGCUGUCGGGUAUAAUUGCUGCUUUAUAACGCAGACGAGCGACGUCAGUGGAAGAGCAAUGUUGCCAAAGAACCACAGGAACCGCGUUGGUCGUUAAACCCCUAGAUUUCGCUGUUUUUAGGGGGUUCCGUGUGUUUGCUCCGUGUACGUUUUUUGUGUGCUGUGUACGUGUGUGUGCUUGUGUUUUGCCGACCGGACUUGGCCAGCGAGAUGCGCAACUGACCCGGAGACCGCUCGUCCUCCCGCUCCAGUUCGGGAACACCAACCAAAGAUAAGUAGUUGUCCAGCGUCUUAUGCCUCGUCCUGGCUGAGAUUUCUCUCCGUCGAGGCAUCCAGCGCAGACGACACCUUCGUACCCCGAGUUCUGUGGCUCGAGGGGCACCCAUUCCUUCAUCUGCCGCGGAACCCGUGAUCCCAACGCGAAGACAAGAUGGCUGAUUGGUACGGCUCGCGCGAGCAGCUCAUGUCUCUCCAUGGGCUCGACACGGCGAUGCUUGGGUACGGCAUGAGCGCAGCGGCAUUCCCGCCCAUCCAGCCAGACGCCUACUCUCACGCCCAUGCCCAUGCAGCAGCGGCAGCAGCAUAUAAUUUUCAGCGACAGCCAUCGGUCACUCCAGGAUUUGCGCAUUCAUGUUUCGCGCCCGACCAACAAUGGCGACAAUUGCCAGACGGAAGUAUCCUGGAGCUUCGGAAGGAAAAAUCCAGAGAUGCGGCGAGGUCCAGAAGAGGCAAGGAAAACUACGAGUUCUACGAGUUAGCCAAGAUGCUGCCCCUCCCCGCCGCCAUCACCUCCCAGCUGGACAAAGCUUCAAUCAUCAGACUUACCAUCUCCUACCUCAAGCUCCGAGAAUUCACACUGCAUGGAGACCCUCCGUGGCCGCGAGACCCUGCCGGUAACAAGUCUUUGAAAUCCAAUCGUAUGUACAACCAAACCGGGGGCAACCUCAGACCGAGAUCGAUGUCGGGCAUGACGAUGGACAUCUUCGAGACGCACCAGGGCACCCACAUCCUCCAGAGCCUCGACGGGUUUGCCUUCUCCUUAGCGGCCGACGGCAGGUUCCUCUACGUGUCCGAGACCGUCUCCAUAUACCUUGGCCUCUCGCAGGUUGAAAUGACUGGCAGUAGCGUGUUUGACUACAUCCAUCAGCAAGAUCACCAGGAACUUGCUGACCAAGUAGGUCUGACCUUAGCCACGGGUCAGCCUUUGCCCUCCCCCUCCUCUUUAGGGUCAGAGGAAGGGGCAGCAGGGUCACAGGGAACUAUGAACCCUGACGGUAAGCCUCCAUUGGCUUCCUCCAUGUCCAUCUCCAGCUCCUCCAUGUUCAAAGGCUUCGAUCGGGCCUUCUGCAUCCGCAUGAAGUCGACGCUAACGAAGAGAGGCUGUCACUUUAAGAGCUCGGGAUACAGGGUUGUGCUGAUCCUGGGACACCUACGGCCACAGUACGUGUUUAGCCACUCCCGCAAGAAUCCCCCUCAGCUGAUGGGUCUUGUCGCCCUGGCCAUCGCCCUCCCUCCGCCGUCGGUGCACGAAGUCAGGCUCGAGUCGGACAUGUUCGUCACGAGGAUCACCUUCGACUUCAGAAUAGCACACUGUGAACCCAAAGUGACCGACCUCCUGGACUACACCGCCGACGAGCUCCAAGGGCGGUCCUUGUACUCGCUCUGCCACGGCCAAGACGUCGAGAAGCUCCGCAAGACACAUGUCGAUCUGAUCCAGAAGGGUCAGGUUAUGAGUCCGUAUUUCCGGAUAUUGAACAAGACCGGCGGAUACACGUGGAUGCAGACCUGCGCCACCGUCGUCAUCAACAGCAAAAACGGAGACGAACAAAACAUCAUCUGCGUCAACUACAUCAUAAGCGGGGCCGAAUACGACAGCGUGGUGCUCGACCAGACCCAGCUUGACCCCGCCCUGGCCAACAUGAAAUCGGAUGACCUCGAUUACCCCAACAGCGCCACGCCGGAACCCUCAGAAGCGAGCUCAGGCGUCGUGGGCGAGGACACCGGCGGGUCGCCCAGAGCCUCCGCCAACACCACGGGCGGAGGGGCUGCUCAGGGGGGCACCCGCUCCCCCUCGGGCCCGUCGGAGGCCAUCCCGACAGCACUCCGAGGUACUCCCAGUAUUCCCUUAGACGGGUCUCAGAUUAAGACGGAGGCCCCUGGCGGCCUAUUGACUCCGAUGGUGAAUGCUGACAUCGCAGAGGAGUCUCGAGGAGGGUGCGAGGGCGCGCCGUCCCCGGGCCGGCACUCCGCUCCCCCCGUGUCGACGCCCGGGACUCCACACGCCCGCGCCACGCCCAUGCUCACCACCACUCCUCUGGAGGCGUCGCCCGGAGCAACCGUCGCACCCACAAGGAGUGAUGAAGGCACCGUCAGAGACCUGGAGGCCGCGAUGACCAGACACCUGCCGGACGACCCCACCGACUUCUCGACGGACGCCCUGCUGAAGGGCGGCGCUACGUCUGCCGCGGGCGGAGGCGCAGGCCAGAGGCCCACCAUCCAGUAUGUCGGAGGCACCAGCAGCCAGCAGGCGUCAGCAGGCCUCCCGGCGUCCACGCUGUUGAGGCAGCUGUACGCCAGCAGGGAGAGCGUCAUCCGCUCGUCGGUGCAGAGGUCGUACUACUCCGACGUGGGAUCGGCGCUGCCCACGCCGCCCGGCUCGGAGAGCUACCAGGACACCAUGUUCAAUAAGGGGCACGAUUUCCCGUACCCCGGCGGAGGCCUGGCGGGCACCGGCUACCCCGACUACCACUCCGCGAUGACACCGCCUUCCAGCGUGUCCCCGCGAGAGAAAAUGGCUGGGGAUUGUGGCGACCUGAGGGGGGCGUCGGGGACUUACCUGGGGGAGGGCGGUGGCAUGCCUGCCCAGCCAGUGCCUCUCAAGCCACAGGUGUACUCCUACGGGUCGUCCGGAGUGCCGUUGGACUCCUCCGCGUACUCCACUCCGCUCACAGACCAAGCAGGCCUCUACACGCCCUCCAGCUUUCACUUGUACCACUCCAACACCACCAAGACGGCCACCUCGUACGACAGUCUGCGCCCGGGCGGCACGUGGUACGCCCCGUCGUCAUAGCACCAGUAGGGAGGCCGACCUCGCAGGACUCGUCGUGCAGGCAGCCGUUCGUGCUCGGAGGCCGCCGUGCAGCUGAAGGAAGUGGGCCGAGUUGCGGCCGCUCUGGUGUCGAAACACUCGCGGCUCUUGUCGGCAGCUGACCGCGCGUUCAUCGCUUGAGGAUGCAGUGAAGUUCUGAGUUGUUGCACACUCCGGCCGGCGCCACCGUGACCCUUUGCAACCACACAAAAAAGUAUUCUAAAAAAAUCAUCUAAAAAAAGAAGAAAAGUGACCUGUGACACUGUCUAUUCUCCAAGCAGUAUUUUGUUAUCAGUAUGCCUUGUUGUGCAUCAUUACCUCCUACAACAAACCACGCCCCUCUGGCACUCGUGUGACCAUGGCCCCCUCCCCCUCAGAGGGUGAGGAGCCAAGAUGGAGUGUAUGUUUUCUACAGCUCUGUUUGUCUGUCUUCCGCGGGCUCCCCUGGAUACAUAUCGCUGCUGUUUCUCCACGUCGUAGCCAGGCUAUAAAGGAAAAACUGGUACCAGUGAUUCUUUCAUUUUGGAGGUGAACGAAGCUCAUGGGAAUGAGUUAAAACAUAUCCACACGUCUGAAUCUGUCAUUGUAGGGCCUGAGGAUUUUUUUUUUCUUUCUUUUUUUUCAGUCAACCCACUUAGAGUAAUAUAUUGUCAUAUUAUAAGAAUAAUUAUAGUAAUUUCAAGUUCUGGGCAGUAGGUGCUCUUUCAGAUAGGCCGUCUUGACUCCUAUUGACUUUAAUUCCCUAGGAUUUAGGACUAACAAAAGAGUGGAAAAGGUAAAUUGUAAAUUUACGAAUCGAAUUGUGCAAAAAAGCAACUACAAUCAUCCAAAUGAUAGUUACAUAUGGCUUAGUUUUUUCUUACUGAAUGUUCAAUUUUAUAAACGCAUUAUAAAAGAAUGACUCAUUGACCAGAAUGACUGUUGAUGAUACUGUAACAUAAGUGUGUAUUCAGUGUUCUGUAAAAAAAAAAAUGAUCAUUACCAAAAAAAUAAUUAUUACAAAUAUUGGAGCCAUACUGGUUAGUGUAAUUAUAGCUCAUUAGAUAUUCGGAAGCACUGCAGCUCAGCAACACCUAUGUAAUAUGGAAGUUUCAGAUUAUGGAGCAAAAAAAGUAUAUAUAUAUUGAAUUCUGAGUGCAAUAUUGAGGUUGUCGAAGAAGAAAAAAAUAACGUUAAAAAAAAGAGUAAAAAAAAAAUAUUUGUGAAUAUCACCAUUACCAUAUCGCAGAAGUAAUAUAAGUUUGUGUUCCCAUGUAUCCAAAAAAAAAAAUUAACACAAUUAAUUAAAAGGUAAUGUAAGAUAUUGUAAAUAAUUUAAUGGUAAAGACAUGUUUUUUUCUUUUGAAUUUAUGGUGCUUUUGAAAAAAAUAAAAAAGUUUCUGUGAACCACCUGCUUAGUAUGAACUGUGGAGACUGAGCAGUUUGAUCCAAUUUGGUUGUAUUCUCUUUUUGAUUGUGUAAAUAGCUCUGUCUGAUUAUUAUUUAACUACUUAAUGUUUAGCGAUUAAGUACCCAUCACUGCAGACUGUGGUGAAGCAAUGGCUAAGAAUUAUCAAUCUCAAGUUAAACGUAUUCUCUCGUAAAUUUAUAUUAUAUAUAUCCUGUAUAACAGUGGCGAGCAAGACAGUUCACGAUAGUUUAGUUGUCGAGGGUAAUAGAGUUGUUUAUAAUGAAUUUUUGAAUGUAUACGAAAAGAAGGGUCGGUUUUUUAAAAAAUUCUUUGCGGUCAAUUUUUUUUUUUCUUUUAGUUAUUAUUUUUUUU